GUUGAACCCUGGACCAUUUUCAAUUAAAGAACAUGUCUUGGUUACUAUCAUGGCCUCCGUUGGUGGAUAAUGGUGGUUAUGUCCACUCAGCUCAUUGGUUUUUCAAUCGGUGUAUGGCCGGCCAACCUCGUGACGUGUGCUCUUUUCAACACCCUCCAUUCGCAGACAUAUGCAGGAAUUUCACGUGAACGCUUCUUCUUUUAUGCAUGGUUUGGUGGUCUCCUAUGGUACCUUGUACCUGGAUACCUCUUCCAGGGCAUAUCUUACUUCUCAUGGGUAUGCUGGAUUGCGCCCGAAAACAUCGUGGUAAAUCAGACGUCUGGGUAUGUGAGCGGAUUGGGAAUGAGCAUGGUCACAUUCGACUGGUCUCAGAUUGCUUACAUUGGGUGGGCCGAGGCAAAUAUCGCAGUUAGCUUCGUAUUCUUCUUCUGGCUCGUCGUCCCUUCGCUGUACUACACCAACGCCUGGGAAAGCAAGUACAUGCCAAUUUCCUCGAGGACAUCGGACGACAAUACUGCCGCCUCAUACAAUAUCUCCCAUAUCUCAGAUGCCUCUCUUAACUUGACAGCAUAUGAGGAAUAUAGCCCUCUGUUCCUCUCGACAACUUUCGCUAUAUCCUAUGCCCUGUCAUUCGCCUCCAUCACAGCAACGCUCAUGCAUGCAUUCCUGUUCUUCAGGAAACAAAUAUGGGUCCAGAGCAGACUGCUCAUGUUUGUGAUUGGUGUUAUUUCCAUUGAGCUGUGGCACACCGAGUUCCCAGUUUGGGCCUUUGUCCUGUCCUUGACUAUCGCAUUCUUUUACGUCAUUCCCAUCGGGAUGGUUCAGGCCAUCACCAACCAGCAAGUUGGACUGAAUGUUAUCACUGAACUAGUCGUUGGAUACGCUCUUCCUGGCAAACCUAUUGCAAUGAUGAUGUUCAAGACCUGGGGAUACAUCACCAUGUACCAAGCGCUCACCUUUUCUUCCGACUUCAAGCUUGGUCACUACAUGAAGAUUCCUCCACGGACCAUGUUAUGGGGUCAAGUCGUAGCUACUGCCAUCGCAGGCACUGUACAGCUCGGUGUGCAAGCAUGGAUGUUUACCAACAUUCCAGACAUUUGCAACCCUACUCAGAAGGAUGGCUUCAUCUGCCCCAACAUAGAAGUCUUCGGAACCGCCAGCUUUGUCUGGGGGGUCAUCGGCCCACAAAGACAGUUUCCGUCAGGCCAGAUCUAUCACGACCUUGUAUAUUUCCUCAUCGGCGCGUUUUGCCCGGCCGUUGCAUGGUUGAUCUCGUUGAAGUGGUCAAAUGACUUUAUCCGUUAUGUCAACUUCCCUGUUAUCUUCAGCGGUAUGGGGGCCAUUCCCCCAGCCAGUGCGCUGAACUACGUCCCAUGGGCAAUCGUUGGAUUCAUUUUCCAAUACGUUAUCCGGCGUAAACAUUUCUCUUGGUGGACGAAGUAUAAUUAUGUCCUUUCGGCUGCCAUGGAUUCUGGUUUGGCCGUAUCCAUCAUCUUGAUUUUCUUCUGCCUCGAAUAUCCCGACAACGGUUCAAUCGGACUGCACACCAUCCAAACGUGGUGGGGCAAUACUGUUUUUUCGAAGACGGCUGAUGGACAAUAUACGGCGCUCUGGACUGUACCAGAAGGUUCUACCUUCGGGUGAGUGACUCGCUGUGUUCGUUGGAUCUUUCAGCCAUGGUCUUACGGGGCACGUUACAGUCCGACGACGUGGUGAUUAUUA